AUGUUCCCUACUCGUCCCCUCGCAAUGCGUCCUACCCGGCCAUUCAUGGCUGUUCCUAAGGAGGACAUGAGCGCUCACACCAUCUCACAACGCCUUCGUCAGGUCAAGAAGAUCCCUCCCGAGUUGAUUCCUCUCGGUGUUGUCUUGGGCGUUGCCGUCGGCGCCGCCAUCUACUCCUCCACCCACAAGCUCUUCGCUGACAAGACCCUUCGCUUGUCCCGCAACAAACCCGAAGACCGUGGCAACCACCACUAA